AUGGCAUCCUGGAGAGGGUGCCCUGUUUACCAGAAGGCACUGAAGUCUUCUCGUCCACCCAAAAAGAAACCAAGAACAAAUCGACCUCCCCCACCGCUAAGGGACAUGACCAACUACCCUGUUUUGCGGGGUCAGCCAGGUGCACUGUCCUCAGCAGCCACUCUGGUAGCAGCCACUCAGGCACCAGAUGGUUCGGUGGCUCCUGUGCCCCUUCCUGCCCAGACUCCCACGACAUCCUUUGCUGCUGCAGCCCGGUCUCCUCCUCAUUGUCUGUCUUCCGUGACGGCUCCCACUGCUCACCAACUACAGGAGCCAGCUGCAGCUCCCUCCUGUCCAUCUGUGGCUCUAUCUCAGCCUUCUGCCCCUACCCCCACUCUGCCUACUACUACACCUGCUCCUGCGCGCCGUAGGGGCAAGCAGACCACCCGGGACCCUGCCCCAGUGGUGGAGACUGAUGCGUCCUUUCUGGCGGACAUGUGUGAAAUCCUCCAGGCUGUUAUUCGUGACACUGCACAAAAAAUCCGUCAGUCGGAGGACGGGCUCUCCAUGGUCAUCGCCCUAGUGGAGGGGCUUAGUCAAAUAUUGUUGUAA